GUAAGCAACUUGUGCAACUGACCAGGAAUGAACAAAUUUUCAUCUGUUCUUCAGGUUUUAUGAGUCAGUGGACAUUUGAAAACUUCAGAGAUUUAAAGUUGUUUCCAUCUUUCUACACAGAUGGCUAUAGAAGCAAGCAAAUAUUAAUUUUUUAUGGGCAAAUAUAUGUCUGGAUUCUUAAGUAAACCAGCAUUUCAGAAUCAUAUUCCUCUUUAAGGAGCGUCUCCAGGACAGAGGAUUUGUGCUUUCCAGUUUCUUGUUAAUAUAACAAGCUGCAUUUUUGUCUUAUAAACCUCAAGCGGGAGAAAAAAGAAGCUGGUGAGGAAACAACUGUUUAUAGCUUCUAUAACCAUGCGUCGUACAGACUGGUUAGUGUGGCCAAGCGAGGCCCAGAGGAGAGAGGAGAGGAGGGCUGAAGCCAGGCUGGCUCAUGGGAUACAAAGGCUCGACGAGGCCAAACGCUACCAUCUUAACACACUGACCCGAGAGCAACACGCACUACACCGCCAUCUCAUCGCCCUUAAGACAGGUAACCGGUGGAGAGGCUUGAACACUGUGGGAUCACGACCCUCCAAUCACGAUCUCAGCCACCCUGCUGUGUCCUAUAGCAAGACCCGCUUACCCAUAAUCCCACCUGCAGACAGGGAGACAAACAGGCACAGGUCUGGGAAGCCGCAGUCCAUCUGCUCCCUGCAGGCUCGAGUUCAGGACUUUCUCAGCAGUGGUGAAAACAGGGCUGAUAAUGCUACAGUGCCUGUAUGUCUGCCAGACCUCAAACCACAGCCCCCAUGCAUGCUUCCUCCAGCCACGCCAGAGAGAGAGAACAAAGCGGGAGAUAGGGAGGGACAGAAUAAGAAACACAGGGAUAGAAGGAGGGAGGGACAGAGGUCAGCACUGGAAACACAAGGAUUUCGUUCAAAAGACAGUCAAAGAGAAAAUGAUCAGAUAGGAGCAAGAUAUACAGAAAAGGGUGAGGAGAUGAAUGUAACAAUACCCUACUCUACUCCUCUUUCUCCCCUCUCUGACACCCAUGCUCCUGACGGCCAAUUAAGGAUGGUUCACACACUGCCUGAUUUUGUGCAAGCACUGACAGAGGCACGCAAAGCCCGAUACAUACGACACAGAGGACAGCCUUUGUGCGAGAGAGAGCUGAGCGUCAGAGAGAUAUUCUCAAGCAACUCCAGAGACACACAUACCACUCACUAACACACUAGUGUCACUAGUCUGCUUCACACUCAUAUAUACUUAAGUUGAGACCUGUGAGCACACACACACUUUUAAUCUACACAAGUUGCAUUUUUUAAUUUAAAAAAAAAAGAAAGAAAUUUUCCUUAUGGAGACCAGUCAAAUGUCCCCAAGGUCAAAACAGUCAUGUAUACCUAAACAUGUAAUAUGCUCUAGUAACUGCAUUAUUUAAAUUUUAGCAUAACAUUCAUAUACUGGACUACAUUAUUGGGUUAGGUCAAUUACAAACAUUUUGUAAACUCUGUAACCUAUAAAUACAACUGGUAUUUCAACAUGACCUACAUUUUCAGUUCUGCUUACUGCAGUUUACUGUCAAUAUUUUGGUGGGUUUUUGGGAGCACAUAUUAAUGCUCUGACAUGAGCUAUGUAUAAGUUUACCUCAUGAAAAAAACAUCCAUCUCUGGGUUAAAUCCUUUCGUAAUAUGUGAGCACUGGGAUUGUACUUGUUUACUUCUGGUAAAGACAGAAGAAUUCUUUACAUGGUGAAGAAUAAGCCCCUCAUAACAGUUUGCCAGAUCAAGAACACCAUCCAGGAGGUAGGUGUAUCUGUGUCAAAGUCAACAAUUAGGAGAAGCCUUCACCAGAUUACAUACAGAGAGUUUACCAUAUGAUGUAAACCAAUGGUAAGCCUCGAAAACAGGAAGAAUAAUUUAGAGUUUGACAAAAACAUCUAAAAAUCAUCAAUCAUCCUAUGGAGAGAUUGAGACAAAGAUCAGCUUGUACCAGAAUGAUGGGAAGAGAAGAGUAUGGAGAACGGAAUGAACUGCUUGUGAUUCGAAUUAUACCACCUGAUCCUGAUGGGUGUGUAUGGCUUGGACCCUUGUAUAUAUUGAUGAUGUGACUGCUGAAGAAAGCAGUAGGAUGAAUUCUGAAGUGUAUAGGGCUAUAUUAUCUGCUCAGAUUCAGCCAAAUGCUUCAGAACUCAUUGGAUGGUAUUUCAGACAGCAGAUGGAAAACUACCUGAAACAUACUUCAAUAGAAACUUGAGACUUUUUUUAAGGCAAAGAAGUGGAAUGUUCUGCAAAUCAGUCACCUGACCAUUACACCACCCCCAUCAGCCUGGACUGUUGACACAAGGCGGGUUGGGUCCAUGGAUUCAUGCUGUUGGUGCCAAAUUCUGACCCUAUCAUCUGUGUGCCUCAGCAGAAAUCGAGAUUCAUCAGACCAGGCUACGUUUUUCCAGUCUUCAACUGUCCAGGUUUGGUGAGCCUGUGCCCACUGCAGCUUCAGCUUUCUGCUCUUGGCUGACAGAUGUGAAACCCGACGUGGUCUUCUGAUAUUGUAGCCCAUCCACCUAAAGGUUCGAUGUGUUGUGCAUUCUGAGAUGCUUUUCUGCUCACCACAAUUGUACAGAUAGAUUUUUUGACUUACUGUAGCCUUUCUGUCAGCUCGAACCAGUCUGGCCAUUCUCCACUGACCUCUCUCAUCAACAAGGCGUUUCCAUCCACAGAACUGCUGCUCACUGGAUGUUUUUUCUUUAUUGCACCAUUCUGAGUAAACUCUAGAGACUGUUGUGUGCGAAAAUCCCAGGAGAUCAGCAGUCAUAAAAAUACUUAAACCAGACAAUCCCACCGACAAUCCUACCAUGGUCAAAAUCACUGAGAUCACAUUUUUCCCCCAUUCUGAUGGUUGAUGUGAACAUUACCUGAAGCUGCUGGCUCGUAUCUGCAUGAUUUUAUGCAUUGCUCUGCUGCCACAUGAUGGGCUGAUUAGAUAAUUGCCUGAAUGAGUAGGUGUACAGGUGUUCCUAAUAAAGUGCUCGCUGAGUGUAUAACUCCCUCCUGGAU